UCAGGAUGGGCCACUACACAAAGGUAGCCCUGAAGAGCUGUGAUGGGUAUAACCAGUUUAUUCAAAGACACUGCAUUGAGCGGAACUAUAUUUUCCAGAUUAGAAAGUGUGAUCUGGAGAAUUGUUGUUCAAGAAUCAGGAACCCAACUGGAGUUGUACCACACUUUCUCCCUGACCCAGAAGUCGAUCCAGAUCACCAGGGACAUUACAAGUCAUUUGAGGAUGUUUUGGGGACACCGACUUCGGAACGUGACAUGCCUUCGGGACAUACACAGACUAUUGCCAAUGUAGCUGAAGAACAGCAGGGAUGUACUAAUCGUAUCCUGGUGGCCCAAAAUGCUAGGAAGACCAUCUUGUGUGAAGAAUGCGCAAAACCUCGUUGUGUGUACAGCAGACGGGCCCUGACUUUAAGGGAGGAAAGGUCUUUCCGUAGGAUUAAGGAUCGCUACAAUUACACCUGUGGCUCCCUCAUCACACCUGAAGGUGAUAGUCUUCAUGGCACUGUGUUUGUAAGACUGCAGUUGUGCUGUACGACUCCUAUAGAGAUGGCAUAUUAUUCAGCUCCAGCGGCCAUUGGUAGAAAAGACUUAUGUUGUUACUGCGCUUCAUUCGAGGAGACUGAACGAGAUCCUGAAGCGCUGAAAACAUUCCGGGUCGUGCUGCCUUUGUGCAAGCCCUGCAAAACUGCAGGCAAAGCGGUGAUCCGCAGGCAACCAAAAAAGUUCUGAUUUGAAUGUGGUGUUUUAACUCAAGUGGUUUCAAAAUGUGUAGUUCUUUUUUAAUAUUAAUUAAGAGUUCUUUUCAAGUUUGGAGAUGGCUUAUUACGCAGCUGCAGCGGCCAUUGGUAGAAAUGACUUAUGUUCAAUGUUACUGUACUUCAUUCCAACAGACUGUCAGAACAAGAUCCUGAAGCGCCGAAAACGUUCCGGGUUGUGCUGCCCAUGUAUAGCAAAACUGCAAGGCAAAACUGUGAUCCGCAGGCAACCAAAAAAAUACCAAUGUUUUUACUAUGAUUUCAAAAUGUGUUCUUUUAAAAUAGUUCUAUUUCAAUAAAGAGUUGUUUUGUUGUUGGAUAAUUUAA